AUGAGUACAAGGAAAUUGAAAGCUAAAGUCAGCAAGAAAUUUAAUUUGAUUGCAAGUGUUGGACAGUGCAGAAGUACUAAGAAGUACGCAUUUAAGGAGAUAGAGGGUUCUUUAAAAGAACAUUAUGCCAAAACAUGGAGCUAUGGGGAAGAAAUAAAAAGGACUAACCCUAGAUCAACAAUGAAGAUGGAUGUAGAUGUCAUGCCUGAUGGAACCACUUACUUCUCAAAGUUUUAUGUAUGUUUAAAGGGUUUGAAGGAUGGUUGUAUUGAGGGUUGUAAGAGGACUGAUAGGGCUUGUGAUGCAUAUGAAAAUGGUAUAUCUGAUAGUUUUAACUCAGCCAUUCAAGCUGCCAGGAAGAGGCCACUAAUGACCAUGUUAGAAGAAAUUCGAAUUUAUGUGAUGGAGAGGAUUUGUAAAUUGAAGAGCAAGGGACAAUAUUGGGAUUUAACCAUGUGUCCUUCCAUUAGACUGAAGUUAGCCAAGCUUAAGGAACAUCAAAAAUUUUGGAAAGUUGUACCAUCUGGCUAUCAACAAUUUAAAGUGAGGCUUGGGUAUGAUGCAUAUGCUGGAGACCUUGGUAGCAGGACAUGUGCAUGCAGAGGUUGGAAGUUAACUGGAUACCCUUGUAUGCAUGCAUAUGCUUGCAUUUCAAGCCUCAAUAGGGAUGCAUAUGACUAUGUCUCACCAUGGUUUACCACAACAAUGUUCUUAAGUUGUUAUAGGUAUACAAUUAAUCCACUCAAUGGUAGUGACAUGUGGCUUCAUGUAGAUUACAUCAAGUCAUUGCCACCCAAAAGGAGAAGGAUACCAGGAAGACCAUCAACAAAAAAAAAAGAAAAAGUUCAGAUUGAGAAGGAAAACCAGGGAAGAAAGCAUUCAAUCACAAAAAAGUCUUGCAAAACAAGUAAACUGAAGGGUAAAUUGGAGCAUGAAGUUGAAAUGGAACCUGAUAGUGAAGUGGAUUCUUUUGAAGGUGAAUUUGAAGAUGAUAUACAACUUGAAAGUGAAGACGAUAUAGAAGUAGAAGUUGAAGUCUCAAUUCAAGUUCAACCUGAAGUGCAAGCUGAAGCAGAAGCUGAAGUGCCAGUUCAAGUCCAAGAUUAA